AAGAUAUGAAAGAAACCACUGGCUCAACAAUACCGGGCUCUCCUCCUCCUACAGUGGUAUCGCGAGGCACAUAUCAACGACGUCCUGCUAGUCCUGUCGAUGGUGGUUCUUUGCGAUAUGAAAAGAGUACAUUCCCUUCUUCUCAGGGAAAGGUUACCAUAGGAAAUUUCAAAAAGAGACUAACAAGAAAAGUUACUGCGGCGCUAUCAAGUGACUUGGAGUCUGCAGUGCUCAAAGCAACAAAGCCAAAAUAUUCUAGACCCAAAGAGAAGCAUGUGCAGUUUCUUUUGCAAGCAACAAAGGGCUGUAGUUUUGACGAUUAUGAACAGCGUUCAGCAAGAUUGACGAAAGUCUUGGAGCAAACUCGUUCAGGUAGUUCCAGGCCAGGGUUGAAUAACCUCCUAACCGAUGAGAAGUUUCCACAAAGAGAAAAAUCUCAAAGUAGUCUUUUUAACCUUGACGGUUUGCAAGAUAGGCACACAUCUCGAGAGAAGAAUUCAUUCAUACGUACUUGUGAUGUAUUGAGAAAGUUGUGGAAAAAGAUGCAGGCAGAAGACUGGAGAAUCGCAACCAAAGCACUCGUUGUUUUACACCGUUUGAUCAACGAGUCUUCUGAAGGAGAUGCUCAUGUGAUAAAGAUGCAACUUUUACAAAUGUCACGUUAUGGAGUUGAUAGUAGUUUGUUUCCAAAGAACACAAGUCAAUAUUCAAAAAUAGUCGUUGAUAUCGGGAACCUAAAUGCAACUUUUGAAGACCAUUCUAGAAACCGACCUGAGGCUCCAGUAUGUUCUGCUUUUUUAAAAAAAUAUGGUAGAUACGUUUCGAGAAGACUAGAAGUUUUUCAGUUCCUUUCAUCUCAAUCUACCAUCUAUUCCUUUAAUGAAUUGGGUAUUCUUAAAGAAAAUAUGGGAGAAAAUAGUCUUGGAGAGGAGACGUUGUGUACUAUUGAUAAGGCAGUCGAAGUUGUCAUUGCUCCUGCACUGGAGCAGAUUGCCUCCGAUGUUACAUACUUGUAUAACUUUUUGAACCGGAUUCUGAAAAAGCUAUCAGUCGAUCUCGUAAAUAACAAGAACCUAUCCAAGAGCUCACUGAAGAUAGCAUAUGAUGAUUUUGUACGUCUAGAACCGGAGGUGAGACAUUUUGUAAAGUAUACCUGUAGCACUAUUGAGGACUCUUGCCUCGAUGUUCCAGCUGUGUUAGAUACAAAAGGUAUCACUCACUUUUCAUCAUUGUUUUGCCUGGAACCACCAAUUUUCAUUGAUUUUGACGCUCUCAAUAAACAGUCAUCGAAGUGGAAUUUAGAAGAAGAAGAGCAGCAGAAAGCCAAUGCUAUGGAAGAGACCGUGUCAAUAGGUCCACAAGAUAGUAAUGACAAGGACAGCUCUCGAAGUGACAUGGAACAGUCGAAUAAUAAUAAUAAUAAUAAUAAUAAUGGUGAAGUAAACACAUUGAAACACAAAGUAGGAAUGUAUUCGGAGGUUUACAGUUCCUCUCGAGAACAACAACUACUGCGCGCAGCUUUUAUAGGUCUCAAGGAAGAAGUUUCUUGUCUAAUUGAAGCCGGCGUGUCUACGAAUGUUUGUGACGAUGAUAUGCGAACGCCUUUACACUUGGCAGCUGCCGUAGGACAUGUAGAUAUAGUAAAAUUGCUUCUUGAUGCUGGAGCAGAAGUAAAUGCAAUGGAUUGCCGUGGUAAGACUCCUUUGGCGGAUGCCAUUCGUGGUCGUCAUCAGAAAGUUAUUGAAUGUUUGCAGUCUUAUGGAGGCUCGACCUCAUCUCCAUCUUUUCGAAAGCAGCCCUCCAUCCAACAGUAUAAAUCGAUGUCUUCUCCACUUUUACCCGCAUCCAAACUAGUAGGAGACGACUCACCACGAGUUAACAAUGACAACCUCCAAAUGAGAAGUCAGAACUUGGGAACUGUGGAUAUGCCUGAAUCAUCUGAUUGGAACGAAAGUAUAGAGAACAAAGAGUUGGAUAUAGCUAUGAAGGAAUUACAAAUUGAAUAUGAGCAACAAGUAGAGUCUUUAGAACUCGAGAUGCGUAAAAGACGUUUAGAGUUGGAUGAAGAAUUUGCAAAAAAGAGAGCAGCUUUACUAACUAGACGCAAACAACGUUACCGACGAGCAAGCUUUGGGGUUUGACUGUUGUGAUGCAAUUAGAACAGUAAAGCCCUCCUUUAUGGGAAAUGUAAUGUAAACAUAUACAUAUUGAGUUCGUACGUGAAUUAUGAUCAGGUUGCACUUUUUUGGACCAAAGUUUUUUGGUGAUGACUUGAUCAGAGUUUGUGUGUUCUGUCUGAAAAUGAAAAGACAAGUCAAAUUCAUUGUUCUACUUUCUAAAUUCAAACUUGGUAGUUGUUAUAGUAGACAACUUGAAUUAGUUCAUAACAUUCUUUUAUCAUGAUGUCAUUUUGAUAUUAGCUCAAUAUGAGAAAUUGUCUUAUCAAGAAUGCAAUUUGUCUAUUCGU